GUGUUUAUUUUGACGCCUAACCAAUUUUGUGUUGACACACUGCCCGUAUUGUGUUGUCCAUCGCAUAAAUAGUUUGUUUACCUUUUACAACUCAUCACAAAAUUAUUCUCCCUUUUGUGGUAGAAACAAAAAUGUGCAAACUGACUAUGUUAGUGUUAAAUAUAUUGUUAACAAUUUUGGGAGUGUUAAUUGUGAAUAGUAAUUGUUUUGCUAUAGCACCGUCAACUUUAAGUGGAGCUGUUGCAAGAGCCGGAAAGAUCUCAAACACUUUAAAAGAAACAACAGCAUGGAAAACUUUGACAUCCCAUCCAAACUCAUUGGUUCAGUCUUUACCAGCAAGAGCAAUGGAUGUUGUUCAUGAGGUUGUUCGUUCCUUAAGAAAGGAAUCACAAAUAAUUGUCACAACGGGUCAAGGCAAACUACGUGGCAGAUUUCAACGCUACAGAUCCGGUGAAAAUGGUGGAUAUUACAGUUUUAAGGGCAUUCGAUAUGGAAUGCCUCCAACUGGAAAUGCACGCUUCCGAGCACCGAUACCGGAGAGACCAUGGUAUGGUGUGCGAGACGCUUUGCGUGAGGGAAAUAGUUGCCCCCACAAAAACAUGAUUUUGGACACAUUCAAGGGAAACGAAGAUUGCUUAUUUUUAAAUGUAUUUACAACCAAAUUGCCUAAAGGAGACAACAAUCCAAAACUUCCAGUGAUGGUUUGGUUUCAUGGUGGCGGAUUUUCUUUCGGAUCAGGAAACACAUUCCUUUAUGGUCCUGAUUUUUUGGUUGCUGAAGAUGUUGUUUUGGUAACUCUUAACUAUCGUUUAGGACCAUUAGGGUUCUUAUCUGCUGGCCCUGAGGCACCUGGAAACUCAGGUUUAAAGGAUCAAGUUCUAGCUUUAAAAUGGGUUCGUGACAACAUCGAAGCUUUCGGUGGAGAUCCUAAUUCGGUUACAAUAUUUGGCGAAUCAGCUGGAGCAGCUUCAGUACAAUUUCUUUUACUAUCACCACUUGCCGAUGGACUUUUCCAUCGAGCUAUCUCAGAAAGUGGAUCAGCUCUGAAUCCUUGGUCAAUGGCUUACAAUACCUCCGAACGGGCUGUUCGAUUGGCUCAAGCUACUGGUUAUACCGGAAGUGAUAAUAUGUCUGAUAUCAUUACCCAUCUUCGAAAAGUUCCAUCUAGAAAACUUGUCGAAGCGGCUCCACUUACACUCAACGACAAUGAUUUCCGUAAUAAUAUUGGCCUGCCAUUUGUACCGAGUGUUGAAGGUUUUUGGAAUAAUCCUCCUUAUGAUGGCAACGUAACGUUUUUGGAAGAACCUUUCUUUGUGGAAGAUCCAGAUGUUUUGUACCAAAAAGGUCGAUUUAAUAAUGUUCCCUACAUGCUUGGAUAUAAUACCCAUGAAGCAAUGCUUUUUAUACGAAGAUUGCGAAAGAAUCCUCAUCUCUUGGAAAUCAUUGAUCGUGAUUUUGUCAGACUUGUACCAAAAACUCUGAAUGUGUCUAGUUUUUCCCAAGAAGCUCAUCAAGUUUCUAAUGAAAUAAGAGAAUUCUAUAUAGGAUCGUUAUCUGUUGGUGCAGAGUCCAUUGAUCAAAUGAUAUACCUCUUAACUGAUUUGAUGUUUUUGCAAGGAAUAACAAAGUCGGCGAGAAGUCAUGCAGUUCAUGGUACAGCUCCAGUAUAUUUUUAUAGAUUUGCUUUCGAUGGUGCAUUGGGCUUGUAUAAAAGGAUGUUGGGCUUAACUCGGCCAGGAGUUUGUCAUGGCGAUGAAAUUGGUUAUUUGUUUAAAUUUGGAUUUUUCAAUUUGAGUCUUGAUCCAAAGGCACCAGAAGUGAUAACAAAGAAUAGAAUGGUUAAAAUGUGGACGAACUUUGCUAAAUAUGGUAAUCCAACUCCUGCGAAUACCAACGACACUCUACUUUCAACCUGGGAACCUAUUGACAAAGAAAACGCCUUAGAUGAUCUCAAAUACUUAGAUAUCACAUCAUCACUUCAUAUGCGAUCGAAUCCUGAAACGGAACGUCUUUCAUUCUGGGACAAAAUGUACACGCACUAUAAUGGACGUGUUAUGUAAUUUUUAUUUAUACAAGUACAAGGAAAGAAAAAAAACUUAAUUUAAUUUAUCAUUGCUAUUGCAUUGAAAUCUCAUCCUACAUCACCUCUGCUGUUAGUAAAAUAAUAUUAACACUUAAAAAAAAGAAUAACAGCA